CUUUUCAUAAUAACGUUGUUAUUCCUUACAGGUCGUGUUUAUUCUGAUGUCUCCAUCUCAAAACCAUUGACAGGUCAAACAUAUCAAGUAUCAUCUGGGAAAGUAACAGUUCCAAUUAGUUGGAUAGAGUCUAAUGCUGUUCCAAAACUAAGCAACAUCAAAUCAUAUACAUUCACCUUAUGUUCUGGUCCAAAUAGUGAUAUCUUUUCCGUUCAUAAACUUGCUGAUGGAAUUUCUUCCUCUGAUAUCACUGAUUUUUCUUAUGAGGUUGAUAUUGAUUCUUCAUAUGGUAAAGAUGGUCAAUAUUAUGUUCAAGUUUAUGCUGAAAUCGACAAGGGGUACACUAUUCACUACACAAAUCGUUUCACUUUGAAAGGGAUGACAGGUAGUUACACUCCAAGUGUUGGUGGAAUUUCCGACCCACCAUCAGGCCAAACAUCUAUUGCUGGUACUGGACAAACUGGUAUUGUUUCAAUUGAUUCUCGUUCUUUUAGUGUUUCAUACACAAUGCAAACAGGAUUAACAAGAUAUGCUCCAAUGCAAUUACAACCAGGAAGCACUGUCACAAAAGAUAAAUCACAAUGGUCAAGAAGAUACCCAACUAGUGCAGUUACUUAUUACACAAGUUUAAGACCUUCACCAUCUCAAGUGUCCACUAUAACGCCUGGUUGGUCAUACACCAUGUCAUCAUUAGUCAAUUAUGCAAGUCCAGCUUUGAGUCCAUCUGCCAAUGGUGGUUGGUAUAAUCCAAGUUCCAAGUUAGUCAAACCAACUAUAUCA